UUUUGGCGAGAUGAUUUUUCUCAUUUUGGGUUGUUUGGUUGGUGCUACUGUCCAGAUUGAUCUGUCUUUGAUGUAUUCACACGUGUCGGAGAAGUAUCGAUGCGUGACCAACAGCAGUUCUGCACUGAGUUGGAUUGGAACGAAUAUCACAGAAAAUUAUGUUUCAGUUUUUCUACCUCCACGUAAAAACGACACCGACAUCGACAUCUUUCAAACAGUGCAAGAACCCUGGGUCGUGCAAACAUCGACACAAGGAAACGUCAGCAAAUUAAUUUUAGACCGUCGUUGGGAAGAACUAGAACUCCACGUAACCCAACCCCAACAGUACAAAAUGGUGCUUUCCAAUCUGACCGAAACCUUCACCAUUCCGUUUUCGCUCCGGGUCAAAAACGACGCCCACAUUUUUCUGUGCGACGGAGACGACGUCCAGAACGACAAUUGCUACUGGUUUCUUCUGCAAGCUUAUGGAGGGAGAAAGAGCGCCACGCGCGAGUGUAGACAAAACACGAAGACGACCCUCAAAAACAACUGCUUCAUAGACCUCAAUGUUAAAUAUCACCCGGAGGACUACCCGAAGUACCUUUCAGAGGAGGUGUGGUCACAUUUCACCCUGGAAAAUAAUGCCGGGUUCAAAUUGUACCAUGGCGAAAGCGUCUUACUAGAUUUCAAGGUGUGGGAGCCAAUAAAUGUGACCUAUAUGUUUGUUAGUAGUAAGAGCUCGAUCGGUUUUUGGAAAAUUCACGAAACUGACUACUUGUAUACCGAACAAGAAGUGCAAGAGUUUCAGUUAGGUCCAGUCAUAACACCUAUUGGAGAUUCUGUUUGUCUGUCGAUGUUUGUGUCAAUGUGUGCUUCGUGUAGUUUGAAAGUGAUACUCUGGCCACGUCGUUUUACUUUUAGAGCGCAAGGUCAGACCUCUGAAGCAAAAGAGGGAGAAUGGCAAGAAGUCAAGUUCUUUGUCGAUAAUCUUCAAAGUGAUUGGGUAGAAUUAGCAGUGUCAACUAGGGGUCGCAGAAGCGGUCUUCAGUUCUGGGCUAUUGACAGAGUACGACAGGGUCAACAAAAUGAAUAUCGGAUGAUCUCGGUGUCGAAGCAAGCCACAUGCCACCUCACCACCGACAAGAAACAAAGCGUGCAGAUGUCAUUUAACGAAGUAGAGGAAAUAAUUCAUUCUAAAUGUUCCGAAGAUCUUUUGGAUCACUUUUGCAGCACGUGUUUCUGGCUUCUUGACGAUGAAGGUGGUUGCAACAAAUCUAAAACAUGCACUAGAGCUAAAAGUAGCCUGGAAUGUUCGUGUUCGACUGGAUUUUACAGUUCUGAGGAGUGUAUUUACAUGUGUAUUGAGGGACAUGGUAAUACAGGUUGUGCCAGAAAAUGCGAAAACGACUGCACUAAAGAUUGUGGUAUGAAUGAUGGCACCUGCAAGAAGUGUCGAAAUUUGUAUAGUGGUCGUGCCUGUAGUAUCAAAGCAAGUUCUGUUCUGGUACCAGUAAUUGCUGGUGUAGUUGCAACUAUAGUAGUGUUUAGUGUGGCAUUGUUGGUUGCUUUAUACGUAACGAAACGUAUUCGAUUCAAAGCGUUUUUUUCAAUUUCGCCGCAAAAUUCACAACCAGAAAAUGAAGAUGGCGAUAAUACUUUGGUAAUGCGACGUCCUAAACAAGUAAAUGACGUUUACGUUACCUCUAAACCUAUCGAAGUCGCCAAGUUCUACGAUUACGUAAAAACGGCAUUUAUUAAUAACGAAAUCGAACCGCAGUGCUUGGCAGUUUUGAAAAAUAUGCCACGAAAGUCGUAUGCCGCAAUACCUAGCAACAUAGUACUGGAUUACGUGGACUUGUGUUACAACGAUUAUACUCGCAUACCGAAAGCUUACUUAGCUACCACUUUUCCCAAAGACCAACAGUACGAAGACUUUUGGAAACUAGUCUGGGAAGAAGACGUGAAGUACAUUGUUCUCCUAGACAACGACCAAGCAACUAACGAAAUUAAAUAUUGGCCAGAAAAAAACCCGAUAGCUAUACGUAGCGUCACCAUACAAAUGUUGUCGAAAAAAAUUUGGGCGGACUAUGAACACCGAAAGUUCGCACUGAAGUACAAAAACAGCGUCCGACAAGUUGACCACUACCGUCUGACUUCUUGGUUGCACGCAGACAUACCCUUCUCCACCCAAAACUUCGUCCCUUUUUUCCAGAAAAUCUCCAAACUGCCUUUGAGUCCAGACUCGCCGCUUUUGGUGCACUGUAGGUUUAGUCCUGUAGGUGCCGGUUUCUUCCUUCUUUGCGACAUCAACCUAAGAACAGCCAACCGAGAUGGUGUUGUCAAUGUUCUUGAAUCUUUUCACAGACUAGCAUGGUCUAGCACGAACUUCGUGGACGAAGAUAGCGGCUACUAUCUUCUCGCGCACCUAAUCAUAAUAGACUGUUUUUUCGCACUAGAUACCACGAUUAGUCACAAUUCUUUCACCAAAAGCAAAAUCAAUCAAGACGUUGCUUAUCUUCACAAAACCACUUGGUUGGACACGACUAUGCAGAACAUCAGGCGGGAUAAUCGUAUUUAUUUUCGGGUUUUGCCGCCCACUGAGGGCGGUAGGAUGAAGUUGGUGUCUUAUUCGCCAGAACAGAUGUACGAUUCGUACGUGGAAGCCCUCAGCGCUGUACACGUGGAUGGGUUCAAAAGCUCGAACAAGUUUAUAGUUACUAAAGCACCCACGAAUGCCACUUUUGAAAUUUUUUGGUCAGCAGUGGAAACGAAACAUGUGUCUGUGGUUGUAUUUUUUUCGGAACUGAAUCAACCUUGUGAUUGUUGGCCGAACGAAAAGUACCCGGAAAUGUACCCUUCACAGUCUGUUACCCUCAAACAUAUCAGUACGGAUAAGUGGAUGUCGUGGGAUCAGAUUACUUUAGAGCUACGCUCGAAAAUAACAAAAGCUAGGACUAUCACAAUCCUUAUGUUCAAGGACUGGGUGAGUAAAUCCAGCUGUCCACGGAAUGUUGGAGACUUUGUUAAAUUUUGUACCAUGUCUCAAGGAUUUUUGAAGACAACAAACCCAGUGGUCGUUGCUUCUUUGGAUGGAGUGACGGCGUCGGGUUUGUACUUGGCGAUGUUGUAUAUCAUGAAUAAAAUGGCGUUAGAAACGAUAUGCGAUGUUUGUGUUUCUGUAAGGAUUAUGAGGUCUUACAAGGAUACAUUUUUACAGAAGAAAGAACAGCUAUAUUUUCUGUACGAAGCUGCCAAGGUCUAUCUUGAAGAAGUAGUCAAAAAUAAAAACAAAUAAGAUCUUAAAAUAGUUUAAACUGUGAUGUAAUGUAUUUAUUUGUCAGGAAACAGUCUAAUCCAUCACUAAUCCAAAAUAAACCAUGACGUAUAUGUA